AAUUAAUGAUUGUUAUGUUUCCGUUUACAUCGCACGUUAUCCCACAAAAAUCACAGGGAUACAGGAAACAAGGGGCAAAAUAUUAUCUCAAAUAGAUCACCACGCUAUCAUCACGCGAGUGCAAUUUAAAGUUCGCUCAAAGCUCACGUUUUAAGGGCAAUGUCUGAUAUAAAACAGAGGCUGUAAUUGGCCAAUCGUUUACGUGAAAACAUAUCAUGCGGUCAUCCAUCGCAUUGUUGGCAACAGUUGCCAUUGCUUUUUUCUUUCUCGAUCCGAGUGCAGGACUCAUGAAGGUGAUCGUAGACUUCGACCGAUGGGAGCACAUCAACGGUUCGGAAAUCUUUAACGUGGAAAAGCUACGCGUAAGAAAGUUCAAUCGUACGCUCUCGGUGCUGAACGGUACAGGAGCACUGCUAAUUGACCUAAGUGACAAGUACGAGUACGGCCUUAGCUUUGCUCGUAGCGCUCAGGGUAACAAUCAGUACGAUGCGUACCCGAUGAAACUUGCGUCACGACCGUUUUGUGAGUUUAUAAAAACCCACUACCAUGACUAUCAGCAUCUAUUUCUUAACUUCACCAAUCUACCAUUCGUACCGGACGAGGGAUUGUGUCCAUUCCCGAAGGGUGAAUAUUGGGUGAAGGAUGCGUACAUUGAUUCAUCCGUUAUACCGAUCGUCGUGCCGGAAGGGUUCUGGCGUGCUACGACCGAGCUGCGUAUUAUCGCGACAGGUGAAAUUGUUGCCCGUGGUGAGAUGUAUGUGAAGCUGACGAAAGAAUAUGUUUGAGGAGAUGUAAGAAUUGAUACCAGCGGAAAUAAACAAAUAAAUCCCCAAAAGAUCUAUAAAUUUCCUAAUUUCCU